AGUUUCAUCUUUUAAACCCUGUGAUUACUGUGAGCCCAGCUAAGCCAAUCUCACCCUAUAAAUUUGCAGUUGAACUCUCACACUCCUUAGUGGCCACACACACACGUUACACAGAUCUACCCAUGUCACUGGAUCUGUGAUUUUCUUAGACAUUGGUGUCAUCACCAACAAUUGUACCUAUCAGUAUCCAAAUACACAUCAAAUCUAGUCACCUUCUUUUUCAACCCUUUCACUCCUCAAUUCACAUCACACACAACAACCAUGGAGAUUGAUAGCAGGUUUUUGAGCACUGGCCUCCUCCUGGUUGCCACAAUCCUUGUGGCAAAACUCAUUUCAGCCUUCAUAGUGCCCAAAUCCAGGAAGAGGGUACCCCCAGUUGUGAAGGGGUGGCCCUUGAUUGGAGGGCUUGUCCGUUUCCUCAAAGGUCCAAUCUUUAUGCUCCGUGAGGAGUACCCUAAGCUUGGGGGUGUCUUCACCCUCAAACUCUUCCACAAGAACAUCACCUUCCUCAUUGGCCCUGAGGUAUCCGCACACUUCUUCAAGGCUCCAGAGACUGAUCUCAGCCAGCAAGAGGUGUACCAAUUCAAUGUGCCAACUUUUGGACCUGGGGUGGUCUUUGAUGUUGACUACUCUGUGAGACAGGAACAGUUCAGGUUCUUCACUGAGGCUCUUAGGGUCAACAAGCUCAAGAGCUAUGUCAAUCAGAUGGUUGCAGAAGCAGAGGACUAUUUCUCAAAGUGGGGACCAAGUGGUGAGGUUGAUUUGAAGUAUGAGCUUGAGCAUCUUAUUAUCUUGACAGCCAGUAGAUGUCUCUUGGGACGUGAAGUUCGGGACAAGCUCUUUGAUGAUGUCUCUGCACUGUUCCAUGAUCUUGAUAAUGGGAUGCUUCCAAUCAGUGUGCUCUUCCCAUACCUGCCUAUCCCAGCUCACAAGCGUCGUGAUCAGGCACGCAAGAAGCUAGCUAAUAUCUUUGCUACCAUCAUAGCUUCUCGCAAGAGUGCCAGCAAAUCAGAAGAUGACAUGCUGCAGUGCUUCAUCGACUCAAAAUACAAAGAUGGCCGCCCAACAACUGAAGCUGAAGUGACUGGACUCCUCAUUGCUGCUCUUUUUGCUGGUCAACACACAAGUUCAAUUACCUCCACUUGGACUGGUGCAUAUCUGCUGUGUAACAACAAGUACCUUUCAGCUGUGCAGGAGGAGCAAAAGCAGUUGAUGGAAAAGCAUGGGGACAGAGUUGAUCAUGAUGUUUUGGCUGAAAUGGAUGUGUUGUAUAGGUGCAUCAAAGAAGCCUUGAGACUCCACCCUCCUCUGAUCAUGCUGCUGAGAAGCUCGCACAGUGAUUUUAGUGUCACAACACGAGAGGGGAAAGAGUAUGACAUUCCCAAAGGCCAUAUAAUUGCUACAUCACCUGCUUUUGCUAACAGGCUUGGUCACAUUUUCAAGGACCCUGACAGGUAUGAUCCUGACCGAUUUUCUGUCGGGAGGGAAGAGGACAAGGUGGCUGGUGCAUUUUCAUACAUUUCGUUUGGAGGGGGUAGACAUGGAUGCCUUGGGGAGCCAUUUGCAUAUCUUCAGAUUAAAGCAAUAUGGACUCAUCUGCUAAGGAAUUUUGAACUGGAGUUGGUGUCACCUUUUCCUGAGAUAGACUGGAAUGCCAUGGUUGUGGGAGUUAAGGGAAAAGUGAUGGUCCGAUAUAAGCGGAAGGUGCUUUCAGUUAAUCAAUAGGAUUACUGUUUCAUUUUCAUGGAUGAUUUUAUUGUAAGCAGUUACUGUUAGUCUUUCCUGGUUCAGCUUCUGUCCAAGUUCACUCUCUAUUUUGGCAAUGGAUAUCUAGAAUCUUUGAUUUUGAUUUUAUUUUGUUAUGUGAUAAGUGAUUGUAACCUGUUUUGGUUUGUGUAUUGGAGGCUACUAGUUACUUGGGUUCAA